GCCAAGUUGCCAACAGAUGGAAACAAGAGCGCACCCAUGUCGCGAGAACCAGGUCACUGGUACUCGGACCUUAUACAUACAUGUACAGAACGGAAAGAAGACACACCUCGACAUCACCUCGACAUCACCUCGACAUCACCUCGACAUCACCUCGACAUCACCUUGUCCAGACGCCAAAUCCGAGCUUCAUCUUGUGGACGAUAUAACCCAAUGUCCGCUACUGGUGCCCUCGGAGAAAGUUAUUUCGAGUUGGCCCUUCCUGGAAGAAUUACCGAUCUGUACAUCCAUACCUUCGUCAAGGAUACAAGCUCUUAUGGCUUGAUGAGGUCUGCGAAUUCCGCGAUGAUCACUGAAAAAUCGGUCGCUCGAACAUCUCUAUUCCGGUCUUCGAAGAGAUGCUUCUGAAUUCGGACGCCGAAUUAUCCAUCGAAUCAGCAUUGCUCUAUGGUCCUCGACUCCCCUUCCCGCCAGACGAUCCGCUAGUUCUUCAAACCUUUUUCGGCCUUCCAUCCCUUCCUUAUCCUGAGGUAUUUAUGGAGUAUCCGUACCGGAAGAAGAGGACACAAGAGGUUAUCCCAAUCAGGAACGUUAUUUGCGGCCUCUACGUAUGGAAGUUCGAAAGCAACCGAGUCGAUAAGGAUGAGCCACAAACGGUGUUGGUUCUUGCGAUGUGGGCUAGCAGGUCAGGCAAACAAUUGCCAUUGGAGAACGAGGAAACGCUCCAUGAGCAUAAGAAGGAUAUGUUACUCAAGUUCUGGGAAGCAAGAGGUGGACGCGACGAAGCACUCCGCCGACAGAAUGGUACAGUAACGAGGAUUGACCGUUCCUCGUUCACCGUAUUCUUUGACUUCGGACAGUUCGGAAAAGGCGGCAGUAUCUUAUUGAGUGGGUGGGCUAUGAGACGCCAACAUGGCACGAUAGGCGUGGUCUACCUCUACCAUUGAUUUAGGAGUUCGAACAUGGACGAAGGGGAAAGAAGAGGAGAAUAUGCAAGCAAAGAGAUCAACAUCCUGUGGGACUCCACCAGCAAUGUCCUGAGUUGUACCUACGAGUAGAUACUUGGUUGCAUUGCCUCGAUGUGUGUACAGUCGUCAUUGGCUUGAGCUUGCAGCCUGAAACAUCGGGGAUCACAAUGUCCUCAGCAGUAACAGCAAUUGCUGUCGUCUGGCUCAGGUACCCACUAUUCG